AUGAACAGCAGUGAUUAUAAUAUAUAGGAUUGCAAUGUUAAUUAAACUGGGUUAAAAUGCUCAACCAAUUAAUAAUAAUCUUGCGUAGAAGUAAUAAAUUAAUCGACUACCCUACUUAAUAGCUGCAGUUAUGAAAUUCUCAAUAUAGGAUUCUUUUAUCAAUAUUUUUAAGGAUCUUGUAUUGAAACUCCUUAAACUUGCGAUUAAAUUUCAUAAAGUAAAUGUAAUCAAUUAACAGCUAUAAAUAAUAAUCUAGGUUAAUGGGAUGGUUUUCAUGUUCUAAAUAAAAUUAGUCAAAAAAUAUUGAAAUCAAUUGCAGGAAUUACAAAGUAUAAAUUAUUAUUAAUUAAUUAGAGUCUUAGUUAAUUGAAAUGCAAAUAAAUCUCAAAGACUUGUGAAUUAGAUUUUAUUUAUUUUGCACGAUGUAUAUAUAGUUAAUGCUUAAAUGUUUUAAAACUUUAAUGCAAUUAUAUUACUCUGAAUAGAAACAUUUAAUACACUUAGAAUUCUUUUACUUGCUAAGUAAGAACGUGCAAUAAUACAAAUGAAGAAUUCACAUCUAUUUAUUAAUGCAUCUUAUGGCUAGAUUCAUGUACAUACGAUGAAAAUUUAAAUUUGUAUUAAUAGACUCUCUUGUAGUUAAAAACCACUCAAUUUUUAAGUACUAAAUCUUCUUAUUAAAUAAAUCAAGGAUGA